UUUACCAAAAGUAGCUAAAAUCACUGCAAAACCCCAACAAUGGUGGAGGCAAUGCUCAUCCAAUUCGCGCCUUCGCGAUUCCUCCGUUGGAAAACCUCCAUUCCUCCCAACAAAGCUGUGAAAAUUAUUUCAUAUACUCCACAGCUCAAUCUCUUUCCUCCCACUCCUACAUUUAGGGUUCGAAUCCAUCCCCUCAGCGGCGGCGCGCGAGCUCAAAAUCACGGUAAGGCCAUAGAUAAAGUCGAGGAAAUCGAAGCAGACGUUGAAGGUCAGCUCGAGAAAGGAGAAGAGGAAGAUUUCUCGAGUGGUCACGAAGAUCAAGAUGACGAGGAGGAUUACAAAGCGGUUGAGGAAGAGUUUUCUCAUGCCAGCGCUUAUCGAGCCAGACGGGACGAGAAAGAUUACGAUCGAGAUCCCGAGAUCGCGGAUAUACUCGGUAGCUGCUUCGAUGACCCCAAGAAGGCGCAAUCUAAGGUGGAGGAAAGGAUAAGGAGGAAGAGAAACAAGAUAUUGCAUACCAAGACUGGGUCUGCAACAUCAAUGAAAGUUUCAUUCAGAAAAUUUGAUUUUUCGAACUCCUUUAUUUGGUUUGAAUUCUACAAUGCUCCAUUGCCGCAAGAUGUGACAUUGUUGUGUGAUACAAUUCGAGCAUGGUACAUCAUUGGCCGCCUUGGGGGCUGCAAUCCCAUGAACAUGCAGUUAUCUCAGUCUACCAUGGACAAUAAAAGACCAAGAUAUGAUGCUAUUAUGGGAGCAAAUGUGACUCCAACUACAUUUUACAACAUUGGCGACCUUGAAUUACAAGAUAACCUAGCACGCUUCUGGGUAGACAUUGGAACAGAUGAGCCAUUGCUUUUAGAUGUUUUGGUGAAUGCGCUAUAUUGCAUAAGUUCAGACUAUGUAGGGAUUAAAAUGGUUGUAUUUGGGGGUUCUGAAUUCCAGAAUUGGAAGGAGAAUGUUGGUUCAGAAGAUGCAGGCUACAGUAUUCACAGGAUUUGAUCAUCACAAAUGUAACGUACAUAAUCUCAUGCAUUUUACGUAAUUUGUUUCUCUAAAAAUUAACUAACAUUUGUGCUUUGCACUUGAAAUGAAACUAUUUUGAUA